CAAAAAAACAUUUAAAAUACUUUUUGUUUGGUUACACUUUGUGUUUUUCAUAUAUUUUUGUACACUUGUUAAGAUGCACAAGCGUUUUAGGGACACCGCAGAGGCCAAGAGAAUCCAGGCUCUCAAGAUAAUGUUCAAAAAAGUGGUUCGCCUAGUAAGCUUUAAUGAUCCGUGGAAAGAUAACGAGGAGCUAAAGAUUUCUUCAAACGUUAUGAAAAAUAUAUCUACUCGGGUUCGGGCUAAACCCAGAACAGGCUUCCUUAGCGCAUCGGAUAGAGCCUUAAUUCGCACUCCCCAUGUGAUACGAACAAUUCCGGAGAGAAUGAAAUUGUGUACGCUGCUUGCUAAGUUAAUGUGUCUAUCCCAAUUUACUCCAAAAAUGCGAGCUCGCUUAGUUCCAUUGAUUCGCAUAAUGUCCGUUGAUGCGGGCCGCAUUAUAAUAAGGCAAUCUGAUAUUCCCAUAACCGUGUUUUUUGUGUUAACAGGGGAAGUACACAUGCUUAAAGAGGACGACGAACAAGAGGAGUUCAAAGCCGUUCUUGGUCCUGGAGACAUGAUGGGAUACGUAGAGCUUUUAGAAGGUUUCGAUAGAAAACACACUUUUAGAGCAGCAACUUACUGCGAGCUGCUGGUACUAUUCGACUAUGACUUUUUUGCGAUUCUUGGGCCAUUCAUGACGAAGAUUUGGGACGAGAAGAAGCGUGCCCUCAAGGCACUGGACUACUUUGAUUUCCUCGAUGAUGAUCAGAUUAUAGAAGCGUGCCGAUUCGGAAAACUAAAGCAGUUUGAGCCGUUACAAACCAUUUUCUGCGAAGACAUUGGAUCCACGACAAAUGUUCACUUUGUGCUCAGUGGAGAAUGUCUGAUUCUUCAAUGCCUAAAUAUAAAGACCAGUGUUAAAAAAGGAAAAAAGGAUUUUCAACUCAUGCCAGCGGGCGAAGGCAAUGUCUCGAUGAUGUUCAAACAAGGAGUUAGAUCCACGUACGUCAAUCCCAAUCCCAAGACCCAAAAUGAUUCAAAAAUUGAUAUAGCCGAGCUAGUGCAAAGUUCUAGUUCUAGUUCUAGUUCUAGCUCCAAGGAAAAUAACCCUAGUAGAACACUUAAUCGCACGAUGCGUAAAAUGAAACUAAGAGAUAUAGAAAAUAUCUGCGAUUUAAUUAAACCAGUCCCGGUACAAAAGACGCAUUUCACAUUUCGCCGCACAACUGUGAAAUCAAAGAUUUCGAUUUUUUCUGAAGAUGAUGAUAAAUUUAUAGAAGAAGACGUUUAUGAGGAUUUUUGGGAGAUGUGCGAAGAUUUAAAUGGGAUUGAAAUCAAUUCAUCUGAUUCAGACAUCUUGUCCAUUGCGGUUAUAAAGCCUUUUAGACCUAAUUCUAUUGGUAGUGAAAAUUAUGAAAUUGAUCAACAUGACUUUGAUUCACUUUCUAGUUUUUCCUCGAGUAGUGAUGAAGCAACCAACCCAGUUGUCGAAAGCCAUUUCAUCGAUGUCGGUUCCUUAACAUUUGGAGGAAUUUUCGGCCUGGGAGAGAAAAUGGAGCACCGAGUGGUAAUGGCAAGAACCACGGUUCAGUGCCUUAUACUUCCCAGGUUUUUUCUGCUGGAGAAAAAGCAAAAUCCCGGAAAUAUCUGGGAGAGGAGGCUGCUCUAUAUAGACUGCAUGAUUCCAUCGAGGGAAGCACUGUUCGAGCACUAUCUUAAAGCUUGUGAAUGGAAAAAAUUCAAAAACGAUUUUAUUCGCGAAAGUUUAAAGCCUUCCGAUAACGACAGUACCCAUGUUAAUGACAUUCCAAUUAUUUGUAGAAUUGCGGAAUCAUCAGAGGAUGCUGAUUAAUUUUUAAUAUUAAACUGCGGCUUUCACAUUUUCCAGUUAAGCAGAAGAAUCACGUUCCGAAGAUACUUUUGGUUUAACUUGAAAAUGUGUCAAAGUCCUUUCAAAAUCGAGA